UUUCAUUAAGUCACGUCAUUUCCGGGAUGAGAGGGGGGGCAAUGACAGCUGGAUCAACAACAAGACAUUUACACAGAGUAGGUCAAUAAAGUGUCUACUCUCACGUGGUGCCUGCGUGUCCCUCCUGUUCACCUAGCAGCCCCUCACUGGAGAGAAGUCUGAAGGAGGAGGGCUCAGCCUCUCUUCCCCUGCCCAGCCAGCCACUAUGGAGCCUUCUCUGCAGAAACCCACAAUGAGCUGUGAUAGUGGACUGGUGGACAGGAACAUUGCUGGAGCCAGCUGACCCUGCCAAGCUAACCUCUAUGAGUGUUUGGCUCUUUUACCACUUCGGCGACCCAGCCGACCCAGACGGGAUGUGGGACAGUGGGGCCGUGGAUCCACCCGAGGAGGAGGGCCGCACCUUCAUGCAGGUUCUCAGCGAGAAGUACAGCCCGGAGAACUUCCCGUACCGCCGAGGGCCCGGCAUGGGCGUGGUGGUAGUGCCAACUCUCCCACAAGGCUCACCCAUGAAAGAUCGUUUGAACCUUCCCAGUGUGCUUGUCCUGGCUGGCUGUGGAAUCAGCCAUGCGGGAGAGCAGAGAGAGAUCGCAGCCUUCUGUGCCCACGUGAUGGAGCUUGACUUGUCCCACAACAAGCUCCAGGACUGGCAUGAGAUCAGUAAGAUUGUGUCAAACAUCCCCAACCUGGACUUCCUCAACCUGAGCUCCAACCCGCUAAGUGAGGUUGUCUUGGAGCCUAGCGGUGCUAAGGCCUUUGCCCGAGUCCGACGCCUGGUCCUCAACAACACUCAAGUGUCCUGGAACACGGUGCUCGUACUAACACGGGAGAUGCCUGAGCUGGAAGAGCUGUUCCUGUGCCUUAAUGAGUACACCACCGUGUCAGCCUCUACUGUGCCCUGCCCCACACUGCGCCUACUGCACAUCACUGACAACAACCUGCAGGACUGGGCCGAGGUGCGCAAGAUUGGCCCCAUGUUCCCCGGCUUGGAAACUCUGGUCAUGUCCAACUGCAACCUGAGCUCCAUUCAGGACUCAGAAGAAAUGCUGCGACGCCUCUUCCCCAACCUACGCAGCAUCAAUCUGCACAACUCAGCUCUUAACCGAUGGGAGGACAUAGAGAAGCUGAACCAGUUUCCUAAACUGGAAGAUGUGAGGCUGCAGGGGAUUCCCUUACUGCAGAUCUAUACCAACACAGAGCGUCGGAGCCUCAUGGUAUCACACCUGCCCUCUGUAUCUUCGCUCAAUGGCAGUGUGGUGACGGAUGGGGAGAGAGAGGACUCCGAGAGGUUCUUCAUCCGUUACCAUGUCGACUACCCAGAGGAGGAGCUACCUUACAGGUACCACUGCCUGGUGACCAAAUACGGGAAGCUGGAACCCUUGGCUGAGAUCGACCUUCGACCCCGCUGCCACGCCAAGGUGGAGGUGCACUGCGAGGACAAGGUGGCGGAGGUGAGUAUCCGCCUGGACCAGACUGUGGCUGAGCUGAAGAAACAGCUGAGGACAGUCGUGCAGCUGUCGGCCAAUCAGAUGCGUCUUUACUACAUCGACAAGGAGUGUGUCUUUGGGCCGGAGGAGAUGAAGUACCACACCAGAGCCCUCCACUCCUACAGUAUCCAGGACGGGGACGAACUCCUGGUGGUGCCUAAAGCUGGCCGGGGGACUACCACCACUGCCAAACCACUAUCAAACCUUAACUCCAAAACCUUAACUCCCCCGCCAUAGAAAUAGAAUUACUAGAACGGUCCACCUAUCAUGGCACAUUGAUUUGAAGGGGGCGCAGUUCUAGUAAUUAUAUUUCUAUGCUCAUACCCUUUCCCAUCCUAAUCAUGUCUGAAGAGCUCCCUGCACCCCUCCUUUCGCCCGUCCUAUGUUCUACAUUCAGUGUGGGACACACUAUCAGGAAUAACAGCGACUCUGACUGAUUCUGACUGGCUUUGUUGUUUCACCUCACUGCACCACACAUGCACACACACACCAACUAAUCACAACAAAUGUGUCUUGUAUGCUGCCCUCUAAAGGUGUGCAUAUUCUGUGUGACUGAGUCCCCUCUUCGUAUUGGUGUAGCACCUCUGCCCUUGACUCCUAAAAAGGUAUUAUCUUCAGGGGAGGAGCACAGGAGAUAUUGCAGAGUACAACCAGUGUAUCUUUUAUCUUUAAAACAAUCAAUCUCCCCUUUGCAUACCCUGUGGUAUGCAGAGAAUGUUGAUGAAAGGAUAUGGUAUACUGCUGUGCCACAGACUCUGUUUUGAGUGUACUAGGGUGACUGUACUGUAGCUAAUGGAAGUCUUCAUUGCGCUGUGUCAUUCCACUUCCUCACAAGACCGAGCCAUAGUUUUUGAUGGGUUAUUCUAAGUUAGGUUUAGUUAUUCUAAGUAGUGUUCAGUGAGAUUAGUAUUUUUGGAGGAUACUUCUUAUUCAAACUCAAAUCACCUUGAGUUUUCAAAAUUGGCUUUCUUUGGCCAGUUGUACCGUAGUGUUUUUAGGCUAUUGAUGCCUCUGGCUGAAAAAAAUGGAUGUACCAUAUAGUGCUGCAUGACAAUGUCCUUUGCGAAGUAUGUUUUUAUGUAGUGUGUGUGUUCAGUUUUUUUGCAUUCGUGUGGAUCCUUCCACUGUCGGGGACCGUCAGUACAUGUUAGGUCUAGGUUACGUUUGAACACCUAUUAACACGUUUGCUUCUGUGCCAGAGCCACAGUAUUUUAGGUCUAUUGCAGACAAGAGGCUUUGUGUGUUCACCAAAGAUUUGUAUGAACUACUAUUCAUUGCAUUGUUAAUGCAUUUUCCUUGCGUGUAGAGGCUCAUGCUUGGUGUUAUUUUUGUCAUCGCGAGGGCGAAGGUCACUAGGUCAGUAGCUGGGACAGUAGAACUAAGGCAUUGCUUGGUACUUCACAGCUGAGGGGCACCGCCACUUUAAAUCCCAAUUUCCACGCUGCUUGUUUCCCUGGAAUUUACAGAAUUGGUUAGCUUUAUGUCAUUGUCUGAUUUGGAAGACAGUAAAGUAUUGGAAGAUGCACUUAGCAGAGUUAGACCUCUCAAAAGAUUGAACGUUAGACCAUAGCAAUAUAUUUUAUACUGCUUGUUGUAUUUAUUUUGCCAUUGCAUAGUAAUACGCAGUAAGGGUCCAUUAGGCCUAAUCUUUUUAUGUGGCCUAGACCGCUUCCCUUGGUUAGUGAACCCAUGCUUUAAUGGAGUCAGCAUGCACUGGCAGGCACACUUAAUGCACGAAUGUUACGACUGAGAGGGGCACUGUGUAAAGGGAUAAAGAUGGAAUGAAAUAUAAAGGAAUAAAACAUUCAUUUGAAUCUGGAGUCGUGGCUCCAUGUACAUUUAGAUAAUGCCAUAGGCCUAGAUGUAAUGGCUUCCGAUGGUUUCGGAAGUAAUGUUUUAGUGUAGGCAGUAGGCACCACUGCUUAGUGUGAUAAUUGAGAGUGGCACAGUACAGUAAUUUAAAGGAAAAUUGAAUCCGCUAUUGGCACGCGACAGUCAUCUGAGCCUGUAACCAUUGCUUCCUGGGCGUGCAGUUCUUACUGUCAUGUUUUUGUUUCACUUUCAUCAGCUUUGCACAUUUGAAGGAUUCUGAAUCAAGUGAUCAACUUAAAUCUGCUAGAGUUUGACAUGUUUGAAGUGCAAAAAUGUGUAAUACAUUUUGAUGGAUUUAUUUUUGUGUGAUGUGCUUUCCCUAGUAGUGUCAGCACACACUGAAUUGGUGCACUAGUUACGUUCAGGAUCGGUAUGUUUUAGUGUGAAGGAUCUGUCUUUGAUAUAUUCCAUGUCACCACCUCACUCUUGUCUGGCUUUAAUAGCCAAUGCUUUAGAAUUCAUUCAUGUGUUAUUUGCUCUGGAGUAGUAAAAGUAUUUAUCAUUGUUGUGGGUCAGUGCUUAUCCUGAACUGCAAAUUAUUUAUAAAGCCAUUAUGCAGGUCCACAAUAAUCAGGUACAGUACAUAUAUCUCCUGCUGUUGUGUUGUAGGUAUGAAACCUUCUGCUUAUUCAACCUAACCCAGUGUAUUCUCAUCAUUGUGUAAAAUGUGGGAAGAAGAAGAAAGGAAUACUUAACGUAAUGUACCACUUACUGUUUUAUUGAAGGGAAUGGGUUUACGUGUGGCAAAAUAAUCUGAACAUUUCAGCCAUUACAGGCUAGGUAAACUGGGCAGCUAGCUACAUCGACAUUAGCGUGAUGCUAAACACCUGAUAUAUGUCUGUUCCAUGAGUUCAACCAGUAUAGAGACUGUUUUCUGAUUGUCUGCCUCCUGGAUGUAACAGUGCUGUACAAAUGUGCUUACUACAGUACAUGCAAAUGUUUAGAAAAGGUAUAUCUGUGUGGCAUAAAUAUAAGUAUGGAUCAUUCAAUGAUGGCUUUAUGAGUUUACAUGAUCGAAUGCAACUUGAAUGGUAAAUGAGCAGACGGAUGUAAUUCCUCUGAACUCCAUAUUACUUACCUGUGUAGAGAAAGAUGCAUACAAAAAUAAACAGUAGUGUUCUUUCUACAGUGCAGCAUUCAAUUAUUCUACUGUUGCUUUGAUUGUGAGAUGUUGGAAGACAUAGACAAGAUCAAUGCAGUCAUUGCUAUCAGCCUCCGUUUUGUAAGGCUGGCUUAUUAUGAAGCUGUCUGUGGUAUUGUUUCCCGUCCCUGUUAUUUUAUUUUCCAUUGCAUUGGUGGAAGUUACAAAACAACUGGCCCCAUUUCAGCACAAAUACAGUUGCAGCACUAUAAAUCCAAAUCAAUUCUUUUUUUUUUUAUGGCAUGGGACUUAUAGAGGUGCUGCUAUAAUAAUGUUAAAGAUUAUGCUGGCUUCUAAACCAUUAUUUUCAUAAGAGGCAGGGCAGGUGAUAAAACAUUCAAUGACACAGAUUGUAGAUUAAUUAUUUGUAUUAUGUGAAUUAUCUGUGUGUCCCCCUGCUGAAUUACAAAAAAAGACAAUUGGUCGCUGCAGUGUGAGUAGCUAGAAUGCAAAUAACUAAAUUAUUCUCAUCAGCUUUGGUAGCUGUGAAACAAACUAAAGGUAUUGUAACCAAGGGACACACAUGCUCCUUUUAAUUUAACUCAUUGACUCUUGCAUUAAACAUGUAUUAAAUAUUG